AUGUGCUGCGUGUUAGAACAACGCACCCACGAUGCCGAUGCCUUUCUUCAGCCCGUUGUGACUCAACGGAAGAAGGCCCAGGCCGCGGAAGGCGAUGACUACCAGAAACCAGAUGACAUACUCCAGUGGAUCAUCGACUCUCAGAAGUUUGGCCAGGACGACAAGAACUUGGCCAAGUUGCAGCUGCCCCUCAGUUUUGGAGCCAUUCACACAACUACCCUGGCAGCAACCAAUGCGUUCUACACACUGGCGGCAAUGCCCCAUCUCGUGCCCAUGCUUCGCGAGGAUGUCCAACAAGCGCUCCAGCAAUCUGGAGGUCAGUUCACGAGCUUAGCGAUGCAGAAUAUGAAGAAGCUCGACAGUUUUCUCAAGGAGUCGAUGCGAUGUCACCCCAUGAGUGCAUCUUCAUUCCAGCGCAAGGUCCUCAAGUCCUUCGCGCUUUCGAGUGGCCAAGUAAUUCCCAAGGGCCAAAUCAUUGAGAUAGCCGCCGGUAGUGUGUCCAAGGACUCGGAAUUCUUUGAGGACCUAGAGACAUUUGAUGCGCUUCGCUUUCACAAGAUGCGCGAGACUAAGCAACGAUCUGGAACUGGGAGAUCAGCCGCCGAAAUCGUCGCGAAUAGCCAGUUCGUGAGCGUCGGAACCUCGAGCCUGGCCUUUGGGUACGGCCGGCACGCUUGCCCCGGACGAUUUUUCGCCGCCAAUGAGAUUAAAAUGGUAGUGGCAACGGCAUUGUUGCACUAUGAAAUGAAGAUGCCGGAUGGAGUCGAGGGGAGGUAUGAAAAUCUCAAGAUGGGAUCCCAGGUAAUCAUUCCCUACCCGCACGACUCGAAGGAUUAA